CAUCACCGUUGUUGGUGUUGUACGGGGUUCUGGCACGGAGUUCAUCCGCCUAAUGGGCCCUUAUAAAAAAGCGGCCGGGUGCGCACUACGACUACGUUUUCAUCAUACCUCUCUGUCAUUACACGAGUCCAAGUCAUUGCUUCUGUCGGUGACACUAUGGCCGGCUCCAAGAAACCGGUCAAUAUCUUCCGUUUGAGGAAUCUGGGUGAUCCAAAGGAGGUCUUCAACUGGAAGCUAUGGUUCGCCGUUAUCUCCUUUGGUCUGAUGGGCGCUGCCCGCGGGGUGGAUGAGGGGCUGAUCUCGGGCGCUUUCAACUCCCAAGACUUCAAAAGGACCAUCCAUUACAGCUCAUAUAGCGCAGUCGAACAGACCAACAUCAAAGCCAAUGUGUCGGCUAUGGUGCAGAUUGGCUCGGUUGGUGGUGCUCUCUUCGCUUUCCUGGUCUGUGACCGCAUUGGUCGGAUCUGGGCUACUCGCCAACUGUGUGUUUUGUGGAUCAUCGGCAUUGCUAUCUUUAUGGGAGCCAAUGGGAACCUAGGUGCGAUUUAUGCCGGUCGCUUUGUCGCUGGGUUGGGCGUCGGCCAGACGGUCGUGGUCGGACCUGUUUAUCUGGCGGAAAUUGCGCCUGCAUCCAUCCGAGGCUUGUGUACCUGUGUCUUUACCGGAUUCGUCUAUCUCGGAAUUGUCCUCGCCUACUUUACCAACUACGGCUGCCAAGUGAACCUUGGAGACAACACACAUAAGCGAUGGGAAAUCCCCACAAGCUUGCACAUUAUGUUCGCCGGGUUGAUUAUUAUCCUCUCGUUCCUCCAAUACGAGUCCCCGCGAUUCCUCAUCAGGAAAGGCAAACAUGAGCAAGCCUUGCGUAACCUAUCACGCAUCCGCGGCCUGCCACAAGACCAUGAGUAUGUCGUGCGAGAGAUAACUGCCAUUCAGCAAGCCCAUCAGGCUGAACUAGAAGCCACCAUGGGUGCUGGCUGGUUUGGCAUCAUUAAAGAAGCCUUCCUGCUUCCCAGCAACCUCUACCGCCUAUAUCUGGCUGCCAUGGCACAACUGCUGUCACAAUGGUCCGGCGCUGGCUCUAUCACUCUUUAUGCGCCCGACCUCUUCAAGCUCCUUGGGAUUACUGGCUCUAACGAGUCGCUCCUUGUGACUGCCGUCUUUGGUAUCGUCAAGCUGGUGGCCGCCAUCAUCUGCGCUCUCUUUCUUGUCGAUGUCAUCGGCCGUAAACGCGCCCUACUAUUGGGAAUCACCCUUCAAGCCAUUGCCAUGAUCUACAUCGCCGCCUUCCUCACCGAUGUCCCCAAGAUGGGCCUCGACGAUUCCUUCGUCCUUCCUGAGUCCAAGAAGGGAAUCAGCCGGGGUGCCAUCGCCAUGAUCUACAUCUCGGGUGUGGGCUGGGCACUAGGCUGGAACUCAAUGCAAUACCUUCUCACGGCAGAAUUGUUCCCGCUCCGCAUCCGGGCCCUGGCUACUUCAGCGGCCAUGACGCUGCACUUCGUCAACCAGUACGGAAACUCCCGCGCUGUGCCGAACAUGUUGCUUGGGACUGGUGAUGGGGGUAUUACGCCCAAGGGGACGUUCUGGUUCUUCUCCGCGGUCACUGUGCUCGGGGGGCUGUGGGUCUGGUUCAGUGUGCCCGAGACGGCCGGACGAAGCCUGGAGAGUAUGGACCGGCUGUUCGAGCUGCCGUGGUACAAGAUUGGGAGGUACGGAAAUCGCGAUGCGGAGCAGCGGGAUCUGGUUGUCAAUGAGAAGCAGGAGCAUGCGGAGGAGCAUUUUGGGACGGCAACGCAUGAGGAGCGCGCGGAUGUCGCGGCUAAAGUUUGAUUUCGGUUUGGCGAUGCGUGACAGGAUAAAGCUUCAUGAGGGGGUUAUCCUCGAUGUGAGUAAUGCGUUUACUCAGUCGUGGCGAAAUACCAUUUAUUUCGGUGUUUGUCCAGCGCG